GCACUUCACGACGCUCCGGUCGCGCCCACGUUCGCGUUGCGCUAUAGUGGAGUUAGUUACUGCGUGAGGAGUGAAACGCCCAACUUCCCGAUCGGUGUGACUUGUGUCGGUUCCUGUGAAACACUACCGAAACGGUGGAUCAAUUGAGUGACAAACAAACUGCGCUGAGGGACACUCCCGACCGGAAUCCCAACUCGGCCCUGCGACCUGUGAGGGUUCCAGGGGAGCCCGGUGAUCCAGUGACACAUACCUGCGUGCGACGUCAGCAUUGCAGUUCUGCGUUCCGAGUGGUGAAUAAACUCCCGUGGGGUAGAGUGAAGGUGUCCACUUUCCAGUGCCCCGGUGUGACCUCAGGACAGUUCUGUGAGAGGCGUUCGAAGCUGGACCUCAAAACGUGACGCAGACGCACCCCGGUCGUCGAAUGCGAUAGUGACACUCGAGCUCGACGGGAGGACCGUGUGUGCUCCACAAGUGGCGCUAGAAACUGUUGGAAAGAAACGGCUCUCAGGGGUAUCGGCGGACACUUGCCAAAAUGGAGCUUCUCUCGACCGUACAUGGGAGCUGGCGGUACCUGAUGGAUGAGCUGUCGGAUCCACGGACGAAUGAUUGGCCACUGAUGAGUUCCCCAUUUCCCACCGUCGCCAUCAGCCUGUCCUAUGCGUAUAUUGUUAAGAUCUUAGGUCCCAAAUUGAUGGAAAACAGGAAACCGUUUGAGCUGCGGAAGGUGCUCAUUGUGUACAACUUCGUGCAAGUCCUCUUCAGUACGUGGCUGUUCUAUGAGGCGUGCGCUGCCGGAUGGCUCGCAGGUUACAGUCUACGCUGUCAACCGGUGGACUACUCCCGGUCGCCGAUGGCCAUGAGGAUGGCUUCCGGGUGCUGGUGGUACUACUUCUCCAAGUUUACCGAGUUCUUCGACACCUUUUUCUUCGUGAUGCGAAAACGGUACGACCAGGUGUCAACACUGCACGUCAUUCACCACGGCAUCAUGCCCAUGUCGGUCUGGUGGGGUGUCAAAUUUAUGCCAGGUGGCCACAGCUCUUUCUUCGGUCUGUUAAAUACCUUCGUGCAUAUCAUCAUGUACACGUACUACAUGCUUGCGGCGAUGGGACCGAAGGUACAGAAGUAUCUGUGGUGGAAGAAAUACCUCACCGUGCUGCAGAUGGUCCAGUUCAUUCUGGUGAUGGCACACGCUUUCCAGCUGCUGAUUUGGAACGAGUGCAACUACCCGAGCGCCUUCGCAUACUUCAUUGGUGCCCAUGCCUUCAUGUUCUACUUCCUUUUCGCUAACUUCUACAAACAGGCGUACGCAGUGCGGAAACAGGCCAAGAAGGAGAAGGAGGAACAGAUGGCCCUGACCAACGGUAACUUGGAAUCCGUCCCGAACAAGAACAUCACCAACGGACAGGCGGCCGCAGGCGUCAGCAACGGAAAGCCCGACUUCUACCAGACCAUCGACAAGACGGUUGAGGACAGCUACUCAUCCACGCGACAUCGCGCGUUCGUGGGCUUCGGUAGUAACUAGACAUCGGAGACCGAGUGCCUGAUGGAACCUCCCAGACGUUUGGUAGCUCCGCGAAUCGGCGUGAUAAUGGCAGGAAUGGGCGAUAUGCCCGUAACAGGUUGCUGACCGAUGUGAUCGUUGCCCCUUACUCCGUUCGACAUCACUCCGCCCUCCCUUCGCCUUCGUCUUCUAAACCCUCUUCUGGCCCUUCACCCAAACUUAUGCUGCCAAUGACCGCUUGUCGAUGUACUGAGAAUACGGAUAAUGAAUAGCAGACUCGUGCUUCUGGCCGAAGGAAGUAACGAGCAACUUGAGGCAACUUUCAAAUGGUGGAACAACGCCAAUUGCUUUGUGUUCAUCUUCAUCUUAACACUUUUGCUGACCUUUUCCUUCAUCUGACAGAGGUUUCAUCAUUUCACUACCGAUAUUAGUUAGACACUCCACGUGAGAAAGGGAAAUAUGGAAUACUAAGACGUUUGUUAAGACUUUACAUUGGAAAAUAGAACGAUAGGUUAAACUAGUCGUAAGAGGUGUGAAACUAAACGUACGAUGUCAUCGUAAGGAUAGCAGCAACCACUUGCAAAGCGUUUGCUAUUGGUGCAUUGCUCGGUGACUUACUUGCACCGCGACGGUGAAUAGAUAUUAAUAGAUUUCAUGUAAUGUUAUGCAUAACGGAUAAACAUGAGUUCGCCUCUCACUUUUAUCAAUAGUUGAAACCAAUCUCCGAUAAGCAACUUCUUCAAAUUUAGUAGCGAUCCGGAAUCAAACCAUGCCAAUAGAGAGAAAACUAUCGUUAUUUAUAACAAAGUGAGCUGAACAAGAGAAUUAUGAAAUGAGUGUAGAAAAGCGAAUGAAUGUUCAAAAGGCGUAGCUUAAAAUGCUGAUUUAUCAUAUCACCAUUGCAUGUGUUAAUUUGUAACAAUUUAAUAAGCAAUAAAUGUAAUA